GCUACAAGAAGACCCUCCGGCUGGCGUCAGUGGUGCCCCUUCCGAAAACAACAUCAUGGUGUGGAAUGCAGUCAUAUUCGGGUAAGAUGAAGCACAAUCGGUAUAGCAACCGAUCCGAUGUGCACAUUCAGACUGUGCUGUUCCCUAUGUCACAGAUGUUAAGUACAUAUUACUUUAACACCUAGCCAAAGAUGUACUCGUUAAGGAGCCUAACGUUACCUUUACUCCUUAAGAUCCAAAGACCUUGUGUUAUUUUCAGAGGUGGACUGUCUAUUGCAGACAAAACAGACAAAUACUCAAUUUAAACGUGAAUCGAUUAACAAUUGCGAUACGGUUCUAGAAACAUAAAGCCCUUUACAUUCAUAUCACACACAAAUAAUUACACAAAUGCAAAAUAAUUGUAACCAGCUUUAUCACAGUUGCAGCUGACAGUAUUUUUCAGUGACAACACGUUUCUGGCGGCCUUCUUUCGUUACACACAGGUGUUCGGCGCAUGCUAAUUAGCACAAGUGGUCGUUCUGUCUUCAGUAAACACAGGCUGUAACAUGGAGAUAUAAAGGUGUGUAUCAAUUGAAGUGUUUCUCGCCGAUAUGAAAGAUAAGGUCCUUAUGCUUCCAAAACCGUACCGCAAGUGAUGCAUGUUAAUGUUCAGACCGAGUGUCCAGGGCUCUUAACAAAACUCCCCUGUACAGAAGACUCCUUCAUCCAAUGACACUUAUGUGUAAUGUCAUGGAACUGAGUGAGAGUCAUGAUAAAGGGCUAUGUAACACCAUGCUCCAUCAGCAAAUAUUGCUGAGUUUGGGUUCUGAAACAGCCUUUUGCUAGUUAUUGAUAAUCCUGUGAGAUACAGGUCAUGUCAAGACCUUUUUAGGCCAAUGAUACCAACAAAUGUCAAGUGAUUGAUCUGCUCAUCGCAAUGUUCUUUCUUCAUCCAUAUAACUUAUUUAUGGGGAACUGACACAUUCAUAUUUCACACACACAGAGAAAAACGUUAAACUUAUUUAUUUCCCUUUACAGCCCAGAAGGGACACCUUUUGAGGAUGGUGAGUACAGCACUGUGCUACCCCAUUCUUUGUGAUUGCAUACUGUGUGACAUAAUUGUUGAUUUGAUAAAUUCCACAUAAAGUAGACUAGAGCAGUCAAUCAUCAACUCCCUGUUUUAUCAACCGGCGGUAUUGCAGAUAAUGCAACACCUGUAAAUGCGAACACGUUUUCUAACAUUCUCGGUUGCGUGAUAGUAUGAGUGAUAUUAGCCAUGGUUCUAAUUCGUAUUUUUCCCACAUCUUUUAUAUGUUCCAGGCACAUUUAAGCUUACUGUUGAGUUCACAGAAGAAUACCCCAACAAACCCCCCACAGUGCGAUUUGUGUCAAAGAUGUUUCAUCCAAAUGGUAUGUUGUCACAACGACAGUAGCAAAACAUUCUGAAAAUGGUUAGUAUUGCCUGCAAAGGUUAAUAGUAUUUUUACACUUCCGUUUUAUUUAGUGUAUGCAGAUGGGAGUAUAUGUCUGGACAUUCUACAGAAUCGAUGGAGUCCAACCUAUGAUGUAUCAUCCAUUCUUACCUCUAUCCAGGUAUGCAAAUGGAUCAUGUUGUUUUUCCAUAAUACAUUGUUUUAUAUGCCAUUCAUCCUCCUGUCAACAUUUAGUCCUACUGGGACAGAGCUGAGAUAAGUCACAACAGACCUUAGACUUCCCAUACUGAACAUCCUGAAGUGUCAUGGUGCAUAUGCCCACUGCUGUCUGUCACACUCUCUGUGCUGUAGAAUGCAUGUCUAAUCUACUCUGUUGGCCUAUCCCCCCUCUCUCUUCCCUCCUUCCAGUCCCUGCUAGACGAACCAAACCCCAACAGUCCAGCCAACAGUCAGGCGGCCCAGCUUUACCAGGAAAACAAGAGGGAGUAUGAGAAGCGUGUCUCGGCCAUUGUAGAACAGAGCUGGAGGGACAGU